CAGUUUUGACAGAUUUGUAACGAACGCUGACCAGCCAUCCUAUGGGACGAAUGAGCGAUGCGUUGGACCACCGAGCUGGGCAACCAAAAUAAAAGGAAAUAAAAAAGAAAGACCAGCAGACCCCACCAGUCAGUGACCUACAGGCCACGACGACCAACAUCCCUGAACAAAAUCUCCAGCCCGGAAUUCCGGUCGCGCUCCACUAAUCCUAAUCUCGAUCGCUAAUGGCGUGCUAAUCCCCCCUCGCCAUUAGCUUCAAGUAAUUCCAUUCCCGUCCCUAUCGCGCCGGAUCGCCGCGGCUGCUCCCCACCCCACUCCAUCCAUCUCCCCGCCUCAGAUCCAGUCCCGAUUCCGGCAACCCCGACGCCGGAUCCCUCCUCCGCGUCUCCACCCGCCGCCGCCAUUGUCAGAGGUGAUCGAGGGGGGAAGUUCAACUUGGCUGGUUGGAUUCGGGAGGGAGGUACAGGGGAGGAUGUCGAGGAGAUCGGUGAAUCCGAGCCGGCGGGUGGCGGACGGGGGCCUGCCGUCCGUCGGCGGCCUGCUCCACCCCAAGUCACGCUCGCCGCCCGUGCUCACCAUUGCCCUCGUCAUCCUGGGUGUCAUUCUUCUGAUCGCCUACUUUAACAGCAGCUCAGGUCGGUCAAAGACUCCCAGUGUAACUGUUACAGGCAGAGAAGCUGUGAGCAGGUCUGAAGGUUCUUGCACAUCAGAAGUUAUACGAGCACUUCCUUAUCUCAAGAAGGCAUAUGGCAAUUCAAUGCAAAAGGUUCUCCAUGUAGGCCCUGAUAGUUGCACAGUAGUUUCUGACUUGUUGAAAGAAAAAAAGGUUGAAGCUUGGGGAGUUGAACCUUAUGACUUGGAGGAUGCUGAUAGUAGCUGCAAAAGCCUUGUGCGCAAGGGCUUUGUCCGUAUGUCUGAUAUUAAGUUUCCCCUUCCAUACCGCCCAGAUUCUUUUAACCUUGUUGUUGUGUCAGAUGCUUUAGAUUAUCUGACCCCAAGGUAUCUGAACAAAACACUUCCGGAUUUGGCAAGGGUUUCCACAGAUGGCCUUGUUAUCUUUGCUGGCAAUCCAGGUCAGCAGAAAGCUAAAGUUUCUGAACUACCAAAAUUUGGAAGACCGGCGAAGUUGCGGAGUUCUUCAUGGUGGACUCGCUACUUUGUCCAGACUGGCUUGACAGAGAAUGAAGGACCGCUGAAGAAGUUUGAAGAGGCUGCAUCCAAGAACAAAUAUAAACCAGACUGUCAGAUCUUCCACCUUAGUUCGUAGGAUUAUACUGAGCACGGUGAUGCCUGUCCAUGACAUCGCACCAGUUUUGUAAGCAAUAUCUUUGCUUACCCGUUGACUUGCUCAUCUUUCAUGCGGAGGAAUUGCCACACGAAAGAGCCACCGUCAGCUAUAGGUAGCCUAUGUAGGGAGGCUUUACCACUUGUUGCUAGAAAUUCAUUCUGAAAAUUAAAUUAUGUGUUAUCGAGAAUUGCAAAUUGAAGCCCUGACGACAUAUAUAUCUGUAACAACUUUACAGUGUUGUACCCUGUUAUUCUUGGUGUACCAGUUGUUCACUGAGCAAUCUCAAUUGUAAACUCAUCCAAGAGUAACAAUUCCC